GGGGCCCCUGAUGCUAGAGCAACUGAUCGCAAAGUUUCCAGCUACACACUGGGGCGUCUAGACGAAGUGCCAGACGACGACUUCUACGAGUACGCCGCCAGGCAUUGGAGCCAACACCUCGCCGCGAUUCCACUGCCUUCAAGACAACUGGUCUCUCUCGUUGUGCUGUUUAUCACCUCUCUGCAAUUCUGCUACUGGGCGGAGUCAUCAACACAGGACUCUGGCGAUCUCCAAGCCAUUCGGUCUGCCGACUACCGUCUUCGCAGAUGGUCCAAAGCAUUGCCUCGAAUUGAAUCGACAAUAUGUUCAUUGCAACAACGACAGCGUCUUGCAAUGGUUGACACUGAUGCGGAUGGGCGCGUACUACUUUGACCAAGGCCGAACUUCGGCAAUGAAAGAUGUACGGACCCGGGCUGCCGACGGCUUGACUCAUCUUCUCGGUCCGUGCCAUCGUACUACACUUAAAGCGCGAUCGGGCGCGGCCUAUGCGCCUCUCAUCGAAGGUGAUGUGAAAGUGGCACGCGAUGCAUACGUCCAGAUUGCACAUGAUCAGUUGCUCGUUAGCAAGGGGAAGCCCUCGCUAGACUAUUACAAUACCCUGAUAUUCCAAGGCCAAGCCGAAUACUUGAUGAAUGACUUCUCUUCGGCCGUGACCACGCUCUCCACGUCCUCUGCCGGCUUCUUGCGGGAGAAAGGAGGCGAAAGCAACUACUACCUGUCAGCCCACCUGUGGUAUUCUAUCGUCAUAGCAGCACAAGGCAAACUUGACGUCGCUAUCCAAUUCAUGGAGGCCAUUCGCCAAAAGCGACACGAGCAAUAUGGCGGGCUUGACGGUUUCGCCAACACGGUUCGCAUUUUCCUGGGAGAUUUCUACCGCAGAAACGGGUCGCGAGAGGAGUCGAUACAACAUGCCGAGGCCGGUCUAGACAAUCGGAGUCAAGUUAAAUCCUUUGCACACCCUGCUGUCAUCGAUACAGCUGUGCGACUGGUCAUCGUCUAUCGUCAUUUCGGGCUUGCCUCUAACGCCACGAAACUUCUGGAUGAGUUGCUCACCCGGAGCGAUCUUGGACAACACGACAAAUUUGUCCAGCGGUGCCAGGUCAACCACUUGCACGCUCUCCUGCUCUAUGAGCAAGGCGAAGUUGACAAGGCCAUUUCGCAAUUGCAUGACUUCCUCGCGCGUCUCGAGCCGGAGCGAACGGGCAGGGUCACUCUGUGUGCGCUUCUGGACUUGGCGCUGAUGCUGCGCAAGCGAAAUGCCGAGGGCGACGAUGAUCUCUCGCAUUCACUAUUCGAUGGGUUGCUGGUUCCGUUCGCGUCUGCCGUUCAGGCGGACGAGGGUGGCGACCACAAGCCUGACUCGCCGCGUGUCUUGAGAUUGGCAGAGGAGGCCUUGCGUAUCUUCCGGUACCAGAGCGGGGAAAAGGCUGAUGCUCUAUUGAAGGCGGAGGGCAUGAAAUGGAGGAGACCGCGAGCUUUAUGGCUGCCGCUGGGCAUGCCUGCGGCUGAUACGACCUGGAUGGGGCCACCGGGGGAGGUGGGCAAGGAGCUGGCCUGAUUUCCACUAUGCUUGUGUGGUUUGACGCUGAGAGUGAGACUGGCAGAUGAAGUUCAGCUGAUCACGUUUGAUGAUAGUCCAAGAAUGCGCGCGUGCCCGAUGAACAUCGGCAUCCGUUUCAGUCCUGGUUCCAGUCGUCUUGCCAUGCUGACUGGGAUAUUUCUGGAGGUUGGUGAUUAAUCUCGUUGUCUCCACGUUCCUCACAAGUUCACUCUCAAGGUGGGCGUGACGACCCCAGUCAUUUGUUGCAACA